CCCCACAAAAAACCUUUUUUUCCCUUUUCAGCCACGAUGAAAGCUGAAACUUUUGCAUUCAUUCGUAGACUGACUCUCUCUCUCUCUCAGUGAAAACAACAACAGCAACAACCAAAAAAAAAAAAAAACCCAGAACAAUCAAACCCCAGUCAGCAUAUCAGAGGCCUCAGGGGCACGCAAUGGCACUCGUUUCCCAGGCAGGUCCAUCAUAUUGCAUCCGCACUGAAAUAAUAAGAUGUAAAGCUGGGAACCAUGCGGGAUUUAGCAUGACAAACAAUAUGGAGGCAUCAAAAAUGAAGGAACUCUGUGCUGGUUUCUUGUCAUUAUCAUGUAAUUCUGCCAAGAAGGCACAAAUGUUGCAUGUAGAUGGUCCUGGAGUUGGUUGCAAACGAGGUCAUCGAGUGAUUGUUGCAGCAAGCCCUCCGACUGAUGAUGCUGUACUUGCUACAGAGCCAUUGACGAGACAGGAUCUCAUAGAUUACCUUGCCUCUGGUUGCAAGCCCAAGACAAAUUGGAGAAUAGGAACAGAACAUGAGAAGUUUGGUUUUGAGUUUGGAACUCUACGUCCAAUGAAGUAUGAACAAAUAGCAGAGUUGCUGAAUGGGAUUGCUGAAAGAUUUGAUUGGGAGAAAGUAAUGGAAGGUGACAAAAUUAUAGGACUCAAACAGGGGAAGCAAAGCAUAUCACUGGAGCCUGGGGGUCAGUUUGAGCUUAGCGGUGCACCUCUUGAAACUUUGCAUCAAACUUGUGCCGAGGUUAAUUCACACCUUUAUCAGGUAAAAGCUGUUGCAGAGGAAAUGGGAAUCGGAUUUCUAGGAAUUGGUUUCCAGCCUAAGUGGGGAGUUAAAGACAUACCUGUAAUGCCCAAGGGAAGAUAUGAGAUUAUGAGGAAUUACAUGCCCAAAGUUGGAACACUUGGACUUGAUAUGAUGUUUAGGACAUGCACUGUACAGGUUAAUUUGGACUUCAGUUCUGAAGAUGACAUGAUCAGGAAAUUUCGUGCUGGUCUUGCUUUGCAGCCUAUUGCAACAGCUCUAUUUGCAAAUUCACCUUUCACUGAGGGAAAGCCAAAUGGUUAUCUCAGUAUGAGGAGCCAAAUAUGGACUGAUACUGAUAAUAAUCGCACUGGCAUGCUUCCUUUUGUUUUUGAUGACUCCUUUGGGUUUGAGCAGUAUGUUGAUUAUGCUCUUGAUGUCCCAAUGUAUUUUGUUUACCGGAAAAAGAAAUAUAUUGACUGUACUGGAAUGACUUUCAGGGACUUUCUGGCUGGAAAGCUUCCAUGUAUUCCAGGUGAAUUGCCAACACUAAAUGAUUGGGAGAACCAUUUGACAACAAUUUUUCCCGAGGUCAGACUGAAGAGAUACUUGGAGAUGAGGGGUGCUGAUGGAGGACCUUGGAGGAGGUUAUGUGCUUUGCCUGCAUUUUGGGUAGGUAUAUUAUAUGAUGAGGUUUCACUACAAAAAGUUCUAGACAUAACAGCUGAUUGGACCGCAGAAGAAAGACAGAUGCUAAGGAAUAAGGUUCCAAAGACUGGUCUAAAGACACCUUUUAGGGAUGGAUUGCUGAGGCAUGUUGCUGAAGAUGUUGUACAGUUGGCAAAGGAUGGCUUGGAAAGGAGAGGCUUCAAGGAAUCAGGUUUCCUAAAUGAGGUGGCUGAAGUGGUUAGAACAGGUGUGACACCAGCUGAAAAACUUUUGGAGCUGUAUAACGGGAAGUGGGAACAAUCUGUCGAUCCUGUUUUUGAGGAGCUACUGUAUUGAGGUGAAUCAAAUUCUUGUGGCACUUUACUGUGUUCAUUUUGUAUGAACCUUGAUUUUUUGGGUGUAAUCCUUUCUUUUUCAAGCUGGUUUUGGUUUAUAAUUGUAGAUUUAGCAUCCUAGAGGAAUAAAUUGUGAUGUAAAUCCUUGACAGGAGGCUUCUUAUGUAAUUCUCAUUGAAUAUAACCAGAUCAAACUCUGGUCACUCUCUCAUAAAUUAUUACAAGUUGUUGAGAACAUGUUAGCUCAGAUAAAUGAAUUUGAACUUCCAAAACAUUAACUGAAUUAUGUUGUAUGAUUGAUAACAAGUAUCGAUAUUUGAUAUGAUACAAGUACUUGUAACACAUUUA